AUGCAAGCACGCUCCUUGACCAGCGUAACCUUCUCUACUGGUUGCAAAGCCAUCUCGAAGCCCUCUCGUAACGCCAGGAACCGGUUCCUUCACGCCCCAGCAUCGCUCUCGCAAUCGGGUCUACGCAUCCCCCUCCUACCUUCCACACCGGCCACUCGCAUUUCGAGACCUACCAAAGGACUCAUCAUCUCCAAUACUACUCGUCUACAUCGACAUCUACACCUACAAACAAGAGCCAUGUCAUCAGACGCAAUCCCCGACCGCUACAAGCUGGUCUUCUUCGUGCCCCACUCGCAUCUCGAUACCGUCAAGGACGCCGUGUUCGCAACGGGCGCCGGCACCUUCCCGGGAGGUAAAUAUAUCAAGUGUUGCUUCCAGAUGCCCGGACAGGGACAGUUCAUGCCAGCGGGAGGCGCGAACCCGGCGAUUGGGGCGGUGGGAACGUUGGAGUAUGUGGAGGAGAUGAAGGUCGAGGUGAUGUGUUUGGGACGGUCAAUUAUGUUGCAUGCGGUGGAGGCGUUGGUCCAGGCGCAUCCGUACGAGGAGGUGGCGUAUGAGGCAGCAACCCGCAAAACGCCUCUUCGACUCCGAGUGGAAAGUCGAUCUCAUCGCUUCAUCUUCGUCUUCAUCUUCAUCGUCCCCCUCCUCUCCCACUCGCCAUCCUCCCCUCCGCCGCCAGCAAUGGCUUCCAAAUUCUUCCCCGUCGUCCCGCGGGUCGGUCGUCAAUUGCUCCAGUCCGUCCCCAAGUCCCAAUGCAGACCCUUCUCGGCUGGUCCGCAACGAUUGAGCGACUCCCUUGCCGUGCACCGCAACAAGCCCACCAACAACCCGACCAUCCCCUUCCAGUUCUCCGAGCAGAACCUCAGACUCGCCGAUGAGAUCCUCAAGCGCUAUCCCCCCCAGUACAAGAAGGCCGCCGUCAUGCCUCUGCUGGACCUCGGUCAGCGCCAGCACGGCUUCACCAGCAUCAGCGUCAUGAACGAGGUCGCCCGCCUCCUGGAGAUGCCCCCCAUGCGGGUUUACGAAGUCGCAACCUUCUAUACCAUGUACAACCGGGAGCCCGUGGGCAAGUACUUUGUCCAGCUCUGCACAACGACGCCGUGCCAGCUGGGUGGCUGCGGUAGUGACAAGAUCGUCAAGGCUAUCACGGAGCACCUUGGCAUUACGCCCGGACACACCACUGAAGACGGCCUCUUCACUUUCGUUGAGGUCGAAUGUCUGGGUGCCUGUGUCAACGCUCCUAUGGUCCAGAUUAACGAUGACUACUACGAGGACCUGACUCCCGAGUCGAUCAAGACCCUGCUUACCGCGCUGAAGGACUCCACGACUGCCACCGAGGCCGGAAACCCCGUCAAGGUGCCUGCCCCCGGACCUCUGAGCGGCCGAGAGAGCUGUGAGAACAGCAUUGGACUCACGAACCUGCGGGAGCCCGUGUGGGACCCCGAGACGAUGAUGCGAAAGGACGGUGCUUUGGAUCAGCAGCAAUAA